AUGAAUUCCAUUUACAUCGUUCUCUCCCUGUUGUUUGCCCACAUAGUGGCAGCUCAAUCCGGGCAUGCCUCUGGUGAUUCUCAUGGCCAUUCACUCAACAAGCGAGCUGCACCUGUCCCGGGUGCCAAUGGUGUCUGCUAUACCUAUACCAUUCAGAGGGGUGAUACCUGCGCAAUACUCGCUCAGCGCUACCUGAUCACUACCAGCAAUAUCGAGGCUUGGAACACUGGAGCCUGGGACUGGGCGGGUUGUGGAAAAGUGAAGCAAGGCGAUUUUGUUUGUCUCAGCUCCGGUUCCUUGCCCAUGCCGGUUGCUCUCCCACGUGCCACCUGCGGUCCUCAGGUUCCCGGUACAAGACGUCCUUCCAACUAUGCUGAUCUCGCCUCCCUAAACCUGUGCUCUUCGAAUCAAUGCUGUUCUAAGUUUGGUGAAUGUGGUACUACCUCGUCAUUUUGCGAGGCGGGCAAGGGGUGUAUCUCCAAUUGCGGAGUGAAGAGUACACAAAAGGGAGCGACCAGUUCGAAGACGACUGUUUCAAAGUCCACUGCCUCAAAUCUCACCACUUCAAAAUCUACUGCCUCAAAGUCUACUACUUCGAAAGCGACGACUACUAAAGUCUCCACCAAGAAGGUAGCCUCAACUACUACAACGACCAAGACAGUCUCAAUCGCAAGUUCAACCACGACUAGUCUCAAUCCGACAGAAACUUGGCAGGUUACAAUCUAUGAGAAGGGUAAAUGCACAGGCAAUUACUUCAGUGCUCAAGGACAUGAAUCAGAUAAGCAGGGGAUGUGCAUGGUGUUCGCGGAAAACACGCAGACCAAAAUCUCGGAUACAACCACGUCAUGUCGAUGGUGGACUGACGGCGGUCUCAAAUGGGACACGUGUGCCUCCAGUAAACUCAAAAGGCCUCAGUCAUUGUUUCUCAAAGAUGGCGAGUGUUAUUUCUUCAAGGGCACGAAAUGCGCGGAUGAAGACUGGUUAGGACAGACCUAUGGGUCUUUCAAGGGCUGUCAGUCUGACGAAACUGGAAACUUGGCUCCUCAGCAAGAGCAAUACAUGAGUACUAAUUUCGGAGACUGGGGUUCAAUGCAGUGUUGGUACACCACGAAAUGGAAGAAAUAA